UUCAAAAGUUGCUCGGGAAACCAUCCACAACAUGCGAGAUGAAGGCCUGGAAAAUUGCCUAACCCUCAUUGACCUUCUACGGACUCUUCCAUCCACAUCAGUGAAAAACGAAAGCUCGUUUUCUAUCAUGAAGCUGACCAAGGGGAAGAGGAGACCACGGAUGAAACCUUCCACAUUAAAUGACUUGCUGACUGUCAGUUUGGUGUCCCCUCCUGUGAGCCAGUUUGAUCCAAUCAAGAGCAUAGAACAUUUUUUGAGCUCUUCCCUUAAGCCUCGUAGAGUGGAUGGGUACCAAAGAAAGAAGACCACAGCUGAAGUCACAGCAGACGAUGAAUCCGAAGCAGAUGAGGCAUAUAUUGACAAUGAAGAGGUAUCUGUUUUACUGCUGUCCUUUAAAUUUAAAAACAUUAAGGUAACAUGAAUUAAACAUUGCGCGCAAUGUCAUUUAAAGCAACUUCUGUUAUAAGUGUGUUUCAAUAUAAAUG